AUGCGGUUAUUACGAAUAUCAUUGAUAUUGUUGGUGGGACUCUUGCAAUUCACGAGUGCUAACGAAAAGCGCUCAAUUGUCCCUCAAGUCCAAGUGACGAAGACAUCAGAAGGAGUGAUCGAGGGAUCGGGAGAUUCAAAAAGAUUUCCUGAAGGACCCGACCAAGAAUCAAUUUUAACUGUGCAUCAAGGGAGUGGAUAUCCAUCUGAUGACGAGGAUGAUGUCGUUCAAGGAUCUGGAAAUGUAGUGGAGGGCUCUGGGGCUCCACCAGCUCCAGCUUGGCAGCCUCUUCCAGCAAUUACCACUACAUCUACAACAACCGUUACUUCUAUUCAGGUCGACACGGAUCACGUUGUUGGUGAAGUGCACACGUUGCAAACAACUCAACCAGAAGUUCGACAAGAAGUAUUCCACGUCCAGUUGACAACUGCUCCACCAAUAUUGGAGCCUCAACCACCUCCACCACCUCCACAACCUCCGGUGCAGCCAUCUUUGCCGUCAACAACAACAACGAAAACAACAAGAAGACCCGCUAUUCCGGCUGCCAUUCCACCAGAAGAGGAGAAUGAUGAGGCGACUCCAUUCCAUAAUAUGCUCAAACCGGGAGUUUUCGCAGCAAUCGUCGGCGGUUCAAUUGUUGGCCUCUUGGCAACGGUGUUCAUUAUUGUAUUCAUCGUUUAUCGAAUGAGGAAAAAGGAUGAAGGAAGCUAUGCACUGGAUGAACCAAAAGCAAGACCGUAUGCCGGAUAUGCAUACACAAAAGCCUCAACAAAAGAGUUCUAUGCC